CUUAACGCCCGGCUGGCUGAGGUUCGCCGAUAAUGUAGUCUAAUUGUUUCGACAAUUUUCCGCCAUGUUUCCUUCCUCUGGUCUUUUUAUUCACAUAAGCUGUCCUUUUUCGCUACGUGGGCUUUGUGAGAGGCCUCAUUGUUUAUACAAACACGCCACAGAAUCGAGGGGAGCGUUUGGUGGUUUGUAUAAAUCACCCGUGGUGGAUUUAACAGGGGAUCAGUGUGACAGCGAUUUUACAACAGUUAACAACAACUCCCUGCAUGAGCUGGAACGACUCGAUAAGGAGAUUGAAUCUGUAAGGCACGAAGUGGAGCAGGAGCAGCGGCGCCUCUCAAACUAUCGGACUAACCAGGCGGACAAAAGCAGCAAUAAACACUCAACAAAGUUUGAAACAAACCUUUCCUAUGGAUUUUCUUCUAGCAAAAACCUCAAACCCCACGUUCAAGCAAAGAAAUAUGUGGUCGACAACUCCAAGCCGAGGACUGAUUUAGAGUACGAUCCGCUGUCCAACUUUUCUGCUGCUUUGCAUUCUUACAGCUCAUCAGGAAAGGAAGUGAAGAGCCAACCAGACGGGAAGAGCUCCAGGUCUUUUGGUGAAAAGCCGUCCACUCAUCCAACCCAGAUGUAUCCACCGCGAUCCCCAGAAAUCCUCGACGACGACUCUAUUGAAGAUGGUGUCCUGGUUAUUGAUGUUUCUCUGUCACCUGACAAAACGUUGGAUCAAACUCAACACACUGCUGACUCGGGAAAAUCCUCCCAAAAUACAGAAAGAGACUUGAAGGGGAUUAAGACGGUGAAUGUUUAUCUUGACCCUCAGCCUCAGAUGGUAAAAACUAAGGUGAUCCAUGCUGCUUCCUGUGAUGAUGCAAGCAAAGUCCUUGAGAUCCAUCCAGUGUCUUCUACUUUUGAUAAAACAAAAGAUUACAGCAAUGAUGACGGGAAUGUAGUUGACUUAACCGGAUGUUUAGAAGAGCUUGAAAGAGAGUGUGAGAAUAUUGGUUUCCAGUCCCCAGAAAGGAAAAAGAAACGGACUGAACUUGGAGGUUUUCCCUUCCCCUCAGAUCAACCAAGCAAUCCUCUGAUGGAGCUGACUUAUAAAGUUCAGAAAAAAGAUUUAAAAUCUCAAAAUUCACCUGUUUGUAAACAAUCAGAUCCCACCACUCAACUUAAACAAACCUCCGUAAUAGACCAGGACAAACUCCAGUUAUGCUUUUUACAAAAUGGUGAAAAAACACAGACGAAGGUUUUCACCAACCAGAAACAAGUGGAGGCAGCACAAGGCAGCAGGCAGAUUCAGAUUCACAAAGUUACAUCUGUGAAUCCACACAGCAGAUCUGAAUCAGCAGAGCAGCUGCUGCAGGAGGAAGACGAAGCGGUGAUACUGAUAGACUCCAGUCCUGAGGAGGAAGAUCAUGAAGAUGAGGACAAUUACUCUGAGCUUUCUGAAAGCGAUCCGAUGGAGGAAUGCUACCGGAUCUUCAUGGAGUCAAACGCCGAGGAGGAGCAGAGCGGCGCGUCUAUUAGAGCCGAAGUGGAAAAACCGGAGGUGAACGCUGCAACUCAAACUUUAACCGGGAGGAAGAGGUUGGCUCACGAAGCCAAGAACUCAGAGCAGCCACUGGCCAAGAUGAGACCUCAGCCUCAGGUUUUGGUUCCUCUGCGGGAGCCUGGAGCUUCAGGAUUUAGUUCCCGGCCGUCCAUCUGUUCUAAGGUCCAGCGGGUUCAGUACCGGGCCUCGGCUGCUCCGGCUAAACUGGGCCAGAAACUUUCUUCUUCAGUGAGUCAGAAAACACCAGAGACACAAACCGUUCCUUCUGCUUCAACUCCAACCCAGAAAAACCUUCAGUCUUAUCCAGGUCAAAAUGCUUAUCUGAGCUGCUUCCCUCUGGGAACUGCGGUUAUCGAAGUGGGAAGCGACCUUCACCUGAUCCUGCCGCAGGGCCGCUUCCCUCUCUCUGCCACCUCCUCAUCCAGCCCAGUUUCAUCGGUUCUGACUCCAGUGAGUCAGGUCCAUCCAAACCCUAACGCAGUCAGGCAAACGGCCGCUCCCACUGCGGUUCCUGCUCCGCCUAAAUAUCGCUCCACAGUGCCUCUGCUCAUCUCUGCUGCGCCGCGACGACCCGCGGUCAGCACGGCUUUUGGAUCGUCUGUCCAGUCGACAGUCGGCGCUUCCACAGCUUCUCAAGCUGCGACCCAGGCAGCUGUCAAGCCACUUCCUGUUAAACGAAAACUGAAGCAGCAAAGUGAAGCAGCAAAGGACAAAGUGCCUCAUGACGUCCGCCAGCGUUACGUGAACAUGUUCACUGAGGAGUUUCUCAAAACCACAGCUGAUGUCAAGGAAGCUUUUGAGAAGGCCCUGGCGGAGGAGAAGAGUGUGUACAAUCGCAGCGUGAACAAACUGAAAUACCUGAGCAUUGCAGUGAACGCCCUCAAGAGACUCAAGAACCAAAGCGCCACUGCUAAAAAGGAAAAACAGAGCCACAGUCAAAGGCCAAAAGGCAACAUCCCGUUUAACCAAAGGAUGAUGAAGAAAAAUGCAGGUGAUUUUGUGUUGUAUGAAAUCUUGAAGGGUUACACUUUGACUGACGAACAAAUGAUAGAAAACAACUAUCCUGUCCAGCACCCAGAAAAACCCGGUUCUGCUGUUCUUUUUACUGACAAGAAAGUGAGCACGGACUCUCUGAAAAGGAUCUGCUGUCGAUGUGGGGCCACCUACUCUGUUGGUAAAACAGGGAAACAUCUCAGAACAGAGGAAUGCAACUACCACUAUGGCAAAGCAGUUACAAACCGAGUUCCAGGUGGCGUCGAAACUCGCUACAGCUGCUGUCAGGGAGUCAUGGGAGCGCCGGGAUGCCAAAUGUUUAAGCUGCAUGUCCAUGAUUACCUCAGCCUGGAUGGGUUUGUAUCUACAGCACCCAGAUGCCCCUCAGACUCCAGCUGUCCUGGAGUUUAUUCCUUGGAUUGUGAAAUGUGUUACACUGUCCAGGGCCUGGAGCUGUCCAGAGUGACGGUGAUCAGCUCCAGUCUGCAGGUCGUCUACGACACGUUUGUCAGACCUGAUAGUGAGGUCAUCGACUAUAACACCAGGUUUUCAGGCAUCAGUGAGGAGGAUGUGAAAGGUAACCACACCUCCCUCAGGCAGGUCCAAGAGACUCUGUUGAGCUUCAUCAGUGCUGACACUAUUCUGGUUGGACAUGGCCUGGAAACAGACCUUUGUUUACUGAAGCUGCUUCAUGGGACGGUGGUAGACACUUCGGUGGUCUUCCCCCAUCGUCUAGGUCCGCCCAACAAGCUAAGUCUCAACAGACUCACCGCUGAAUACCUCAGGAGGAUUAUUCAGGAGAGUGUUUGUGGCCACGACACUGGAGAAGAUGCAGCCGCCUGCAUGGAGCUCAUGCUGUGGAAGAUGAAAGAAGAUGGGAAACUGAAAAAAUGAGGAACUGCCACUAAUUAUACAUGAAACUUGAUAUGUAUGAUUGUGUAUUUGAAGACAAGUAGGGCUGUUAAUUUGUGUUUAUAAUUUGAUAUGUUUUCCGCUAAUGGACAUUUGAGUUAAAGCCCAUGUAUAAUGUCUAUAUGACUAUUUAUGAAACUCAAGGAUAAAGCUACUCUCAGUGGUUCCAAAUAAAGGCAUAAAAUAA